AUGGUCGGGUUGGCUUCGAGCGGGUACGGAGCGGCGGCGGCGGCGGCGGCGGCGAGGAAUGGGAAGCUGCGGCUUCUAGGGUACCAAGAAGAAGUCCGUGAAGAAGCUAGGAGGGAGACCCAAGCACAUAUGGAGAAGAAGAAGGAAGAAGAAGGACGAAUCGUGAAGCAAGGAAGGCCCCAGACUACCCCGGAUGCCCAACCGUCUACAGCUCGGGUGCCCGGCCCCCUCCUCCAGCUGGCUGGGGAAGACCCUGGCCGCCCCGGGUGCCCGGCCACUUCGGCACCGGGUGCCCGGCCCCGACCUGGGCGUUGGCAGAGGCCACCCCGGGUGCCCGGCCCGUCGGCCCGGGUGCCCGGCCCGUCGGCCCGGGUGCCCGGCCGCCGCACCUCGGCCUCGCCUGGCCGCCCCGGGUACCUGGCCUGCCCCGCCUGGGAGCCUUCCGCCACCCCGGGUGCCCGGCCUCCUCCUGGGCUCGGCCCCAGCCCGCACCGAGUGCCCACGCCAUCAACCCCCGGGUGCCCGGCCCAAAGGCUGCUUGGCCGCGGCCUCCCUGACCGGACCGGGUGCCCGGUCCUCCGCACCCCGGGUGCCCGGACGACUCCGAAUAUACCUGCGUGCAUUUUGGGCAAUUGA